AUGACCAAUCAUAUACUGACAGAGAAAGUUGGAAAUGUUUAUUGGAUCCGCUUCAAUCGUGCCAACAAGUACAAUGCAAUCACAUCUGAGAUGUACCUCGCUUUGAUCAAUGCAUUCGACGAGGCUGACAACGACGACAAAGUGCUUGUUACAGUACUUACAGGUUCUGGAGCGUUUUAUUGCGCAGGCAGCGACUUCUCUGCAAGUGAACUUCAGAAUUCAGGAUUUCCAACGGAAAAGGGUGUGGAGAAUCCGUUUAAGCUAUGGACUGAUCGCCUGAUUCGUCAUUCAAAGCUCCUGGUAGCCUUGGUCAACGGUCCAGCAAUCGGAAUUGCAUGUACAACACUGGGACUUUGCGACGUAGUGCUGGCCUCUGAUAAGGCCUAUUUUUACUGCCCCUUCACCACGUUGGGACUGAAUCCAGAGGGCUGUAGUAGCUACACAUUUGUUCAGCUGAUGGGCCACGCAAAGGCUGCACGAUUGCUCCUACUGUCUGAGAAGUUAUCAGCUAAAGAAGCACUUGACGCUGGUCUCAUUUCUCAGGUGAUUCCUCACAACAAUUUCACGCAGGAAACCCAAAAAAUAGUGGAUCAAUAUAGCAGCCUCGCUCGACAGAGCCUCCUAGUGUCGAAACGGCUAUUGAGACCUGAAUCUAUGGUUGACAAACUUCUUUCUAUCAAUCGGAAGGAAUGCGAGGUUCUUAUGAAGCAGUUCAGCUGUGAAGAGACUUUGGAAAGGAUGAUGUCGAAGUUCUCGUCCAAGAUAUAA